AUGUAUCGCAAAGUAAUAUAUGCAGUAGCUGCCGCGCUGACACUACAAAUAAUUAGUGCAGCGCGGCUGAUGUGUCCGAGUGACCCUAACUGCGUUUGCGGUGGCACGCUAGCCAUCGAACUCAAUUGCAACAUUGAUGGGCGAACUGUGAAAAUAAAUUUACUACCAAACGUCUACAUUAAUAUAAAAUGUGAAAACACAAGUAGUCUCGACUAUAACAAACUACCAAAAUGUGCCAACAGCAUGAGUUCAUUUAAAUCGGUCAGUUUUAAGGAUUGUCCACUACCAUCAUCUUCAUUCAACGAUGUUUUGAUGAAUCUAGGUGUAUCAAAAACAAUGGCAUUAAUAUUUCAAAAUGCUAAGAAACUGUCAGGAUAUUUUGACAGAAAACAUUUUGCAGGUUUGCAAGAUUUAACAAAACUACUGCUAUCUAUAAAUGGAGUUACUCAUUUACCGAACAAUUUAUUUAUGGAUAUUAAUAAAUUAACAUGGCUAAACAUACGGUCAAAUACCAUUAAUCUUUCUGAAGAGUUGUUUAAACCAUUAGAGAAACUAGAAACUUUAGAAAUUAGUCACAAUCACAUGACCAAUAUAACUUCGAAUUUAUUUUCACAUUUGUCUUUCUUACGAAAACUCUCAUUAUGGCAAAGUAACGUCACCUGGUUUUCAAAAGAUCUCUUCACUGGUGUCGACGUGCUUGAAGAACUAGAUCUCAGCUCUAAUGAACUUAACGAACUACCUGCAUCAAUAUUCAAGCCUUUAAAGAAGUUAAAGAAGUUGACUUUGUUUUCUAACAAGUUUUCAUCGCUACCACAGAAUUUAUUUAAAAAUAAUGAAAAACUGGAAACAGUUGUGAUAUUAAACAAUGAUGUUAAACUGAAAGACCUACCCAGGAACCUUUUCGGUGAUUUGCAAAAUUUGAAAGUAAUAUAUGUUCAGAGAAGUGGUAUUGAGACGUUACCCUACGACGUUUUUGCAAAUUCUCCAUUAAUUACUAACAUAUCACUAGCAUUUAAUGAUAUUGCAACGCUGCCAGAAUCCAUUUUUAAUGAUCAAAUAAAUUUGCUGGAGUUAGAUUUAAGCUCAAAUAAAUUGAAGGAGCUACAGCCAAAGCUAUUUUCAUCUUUAGUGAGAUUAGAAAAUCUCAAUUUAUGUUCAAAUUCAUUGACAGAUAUAUCAGGGCAUACCUUUUCGUCUUUGCUUAGCCUAAUGUACUUAAAUAUGGCGCACAAUAAUUUGAAAACGAUUUCAUCGUAUUUAUUCAGCAACAAUAAACAGAGAAUGUCAAUAUCUCUAGCGUAUAAUAAACUAGAUUUUGAAGACAAGGAGUUAACAAAUAACUCUUGGAUGGUGAAAAGGUCUUCGCCUUUUGCUCAUACUUACAAUUUAAAGCUAUUGAAUUUGAGUCAUAAUGAGUUUAAAGUGGCUUUUGAAGAUUGGUGGAUGAAUGGUCAUGAAAGUUUAGAUAUCAGCCAUAACUAUAUACAAAAUCUUUGGGUAGAUGAAAAAACUUUAAAAAGUUACCAAAGCAGUUUGAAGAAAAUGAUGAGACACGUUUGGAUUUCUGAAAACCCACUCAAUUGUGAAUGUCGAAACUAUUUGUUUCUAGAUUAUAUACAGAAUAAUAUAAAAACAAAGAUUGUCGAUCUACAACAUAUUAACUGCCCACUGUGGGCAAAAGAGGCAUGUUACCUGAGAUUUACCAUUUUCAUUUCUAUUUUGACAGUCGUAACUGCCUUGUAUAUAAUUAUUAUAAUAGUUUUCAUAAUCUACAGAAAACACAUAAAUCACAUGUUAAAAAAACGAUUAUCUACCUAUGCAAGACCACUUGGAAAAACGGGAAUGCAUAACAUAGCAAUAAGUUACUGUGAUAAAGACGAAGAAUUUGUAUUGAAAGAGGUAUUGCCUGUAAUGAAAUGUAACAAGUCACUGAAAGUUCAUACUAAUCCAAUCAGAAAUUUCAGCAGCAAGAACCGUCUUAUAAGGCACUUUACUAGCUGCGUUAAAAAUGAAAACAAAUACACCACGCUAGUCGUAUUCUCGUCGAACUACUUAACGUCUACUUACUGUCACGUGGACAUAAAGAAAAUUCACAGUGAAAUGUUAAAAGCGCAAAACACAAUUUAUAUUUUCGUUGAUAUUGGUCCAGAAAAUUCAAUAUACGCAUUUCUGGAAGAACAACGUGAUGUUACGACCACUAUGGUAUGGAAGGAAUCAAACUUUUGGGAAAAGUUCUUCGGAAUUUUAUCUAAUGGUCAAGCCAAACGAAAAUUAAUUGCGAAUCAUGACUUAGUACGAACAAAACAAGCUCUCAGUGCUAAGAUAAAACUACCAUCAAAUAUCUCAUUUUCAAAACUGCCUGAAGAGCCUAAUAUGAACGAUUUGAACACAGUAACACACAGUCAAGUUUAG